AUGAGCCAAGUGUGGUUUGUUACGGGCGCUUCUCGCGGCCUAGGUCGCGCUAUCGUUCAGGCCGCCCUAGAAUCCGGCGCCUCCGUCAUUGCAACCGCCAGAAACCCGAAAAGUCUCGAGGAGUUCACAGUAAAGUACUCCGGCACAAAAUUCCUUCCCCUCGCCUUAGACGUCACGAAGCCACAGGAAGUGGCCGAUGCUGUUAGGACUGGCCAUGAGAGAUUCGGACGGCUCGAUGUGAUCGUGAACAAUGCAGGAUACGCCAAUGUCGCCGCGAUUGAAGACAUCGAAAUCGAUGAUUUUCGUGCUCAGAUUGACACAAAUUUCAUGGGAGUAGUCUACGUGACGAAGGCAGUGCUACCAAUACUUCGAGAACAAGGAAGCGGCCACAUCUUUCAAGUCUCAUCUGUGGGUGGCCGGCUUGGCAAUCCGGGGCUUUGCGCGUACCAGAGCGCGAAGUGGGCAGUCGGGGGCUUUUCUACUAUUCUCGCCCAGGAGGUGGCGCCUUUUGGAGUCAAGGUCACAGUUCUGGAGCCAGGUGGUAUGUUAACGGACUGGGCCGGAUCAUCAAUGAGCAUUCCAACAGUGACCGAGCCGUAUAAGCCGACAGUCGGUAUGGUUGCGCAGAUGCUUCGGCAAUAUAAUGGACAUGAGCCCUCCACUCCAGAGAAAGUUGCGAAGAUUAUGCUGGAUCUUUCUGGGACUGACGAAGUGCCUCUUCGCCUGCUCAUUGGCCCCGAUGCCGUUGAAUUUGGUGGCAAGGCGGUACAAGCACUCGCGGCUUCUGAUGAGAAAUGGCACGAUCUAAGUAUGGCUUCCGUCUGA